GACUGCCCCGCCAAUUGACCGACGGAAGCUUCCAGUUUCAAUGCGUUGAUCUUAGACUUGUAACCAACCAUAAUCCUGUACCUACCGGAACACCUGUUCACAAGAAGCUUGCUACCAGGGAACGUACUACAUCGUACCUAAUACCCAGUUUGCGAGACCCUUCGAACACACACAUCACGCCGUCAUGGCUUUCCAAUCCAAGAAGCGCCUCGCGCUCGCCAUCCUCGACUUCCUCCAGACCUCGCAGACAGACGGCUCCGUAGCGCCCGACGACGCGGAACAGCUCGAAGUCGCCGCCAACUGUAUCGCCGAAGCUUUCAAGGUCGACGCUGCGGAUGAGGCCGCAAAGAAGGACGCCAUUGGCGACCAGAACCUGCUCGCAAUUUACAACGUCUACGAAAAGCUCAAGGGCAAGACAACCGCCACAACUGAGGGAUCUUCGUCGGCAAAGGAGGCUCGACCAGCAACGCCACAGACACCUGCCGCCGGGUCAGGACCAGGCGGGCCAAACAAGGAUGAAGCCGAGAGACUAAAGGGACUGGGCAACGAGGCGAUGAAGAAGAAGGACUACGAUGCUGCUGUCAAGCACUACACCGCUGCCCUCGAAGUCGUUCCGCUCAACCCCAUCUACCUCUCCAACCGCGCCGCCGCAUACUCAGGCCAGGGCAAGCACGAGCUCGCAAAGGAGGACGCCGAGAUGGCAGUCGCUGCCGACCCCAAUUACUCCAAGGCCUGGUCGCGUCUCGGUCUCGCUAAGUUCGUUCUUGGUGACUCAAAGGGCGCCAUGGAGGCAUACAAGUCGGGCAUGGACGCAGAAGGCGGCGGCUCAGAUGUCAUGCGCAGGGGCUACGAGACAGCCAAGAAGAAGGUCGAAGAGGAGGGUGGUGACGUCGGUGCUCCUGACGCUGCUCGAGGAGCUGGCGGUAUGGGCGGCGGCGGCGGCGGUGGCAUGCCUGAUCUCUCUGCCCUCGCUGGAAUGCUCGGUGGUGGCGGCGGCGGAGGCGGCGGUAUGCCCGAUCUUGCUGGCCUGAUGCAGAACCCGAUGAUGAGGCAGAUGGCUCAGAACCUCAUGAGCAACCCCGAUAUGAUGAGCAACCUCAUGAACAACCCUAGGAUAGCAGAGAUGGCUCAACAGUUCGGUGGUGGUGGAGGUCGAGGUGGCGGUGGCGGUGGCGGUGGAAGCGGAGGAGGAAUGCCUAACAUGCAGGAUCUCAUGAACGACCCCAACUUGGCUGAGAUGUAAGUUCAAGAUUUGCUCAAACACGGGAUCAUGACUAACGGGAUAUCAGGGCCAGGAACUUCAUGGGAGGUGGUGGUGCUGGCGCCGGUCGAGGUGCACCGCAAUAAGAUGCUACAAACUGAUUGCACACAGUGAACCACUGGCAUAAGCGUUGGUCAUGUUAGAGAGCAGUCUUCACGAUUAGAAAUAUGAUACC